AUGCAACAUAUUCUGAACCAGUCUUCACUGAUCGAUGUCCUGAAGAAUGUCCGUGUCAAUUUUGAAAAGAUGCUGGCUUUGGAUCAUCGAACGUUCAAGCAUUCUCCCCCGAAAAUGCUGAAGACGUUCAAUAAGUUAGCAGACUAUAUCCAAAAACACGCGACGCACCUCUAUACACCCGGCCGCAAAGCCCAAUACGUCAUACCAGAUGCCUAUACUGAGGGGAUGGCUAUGACAUUCACUACAUCGAAGCAUGAUAGGCUGGAGAAUGAGGCCGAUGCUACAACUGACCAGGAGAUCGAGGCGGACGGAGAUGAUGGGGAUCUGGAUGUUUAA